UAAAAGUGGCAUAUUCCUACCAUGCUUCAUGAAGUUCACACCACUGAGUUAAAUUAACCAGACCAAUAUUAAGUGAAUAGCCAGACUUUGAAAGCUACAGGUGGAUCUUGAUAUCUGUAGGUGCAGACUGUACUUAAUGUAGGGAUUUAAAGUAUUUAAUGAAAUUUUAAUGUCUGGGCCUAUUGCACAUCAAUGAUUGUUGCAUGUUGAAAUUGCAACAACAUUAAAAUAGUCUUUAAUGGUAUCUUAUGUGCUUUUGGCCUUUUAUUCAGUUGUCAUGUGUCUCUUUAUUGCCUCCCGUGUCAUUUCUUUAGAGUUCAUUUCUUCUGUUCACUCACAGUAUCUUGUAUUUAAUAGUCCUUUAUCAAGCUGGGGCAUUUAUUUGUCAAAGAGACUCAUAAUAUUUAAUAGUGUAUUUGCUUAAUCUUUUAUUUCCUUUUCAGGACUUCGCAUUGUAAUCAGUUGUUGUUCUAGCACCACAGAAAUACAAUAAAUUGUUUUAUUUUUUUUUAAAGAGAUCUGAAAUAAAUGCUUCAGAUACCCAUACAACAGACACAACCAAAAAUUCUUAAGUCAUUGAAUGUGUGUGUAAUGAAUGAUUCCAAGUAAGAGUAUUAAAUGUCUGGUUGAAUAAACUAGUUUAAAUGAGCAAUCUUUAUAUUUUUAUUUAAGUUUAAUAUUGCAGUAGUUUGUCAUUUCUAUGGAUCUAAUGAUCACAGUUUCAUGACAUUAAUAUGAUGGGAGAUGCUGAGCUUUGAAUCAAGGUCUAUCAAAAAUUAUAGUUACUUUAUUCCUGUCAAUUAUAUACAGAAAGCUACUGAUGUUGAAUGACUGUGGGAACAGGAAAGUUUGUUUUGGUGCAUAAUAUAAUAACCAGAUUUUGUUAUGCUUUGGCAUUCAGCUUGCACUAUUGCACAAAGGUUUUGCCAACAUUGAUCAUACCCUGAUGCAAUUAUAAAUCAUUGCAUUGUUCUAGAGACAUCAGCUUGUUACAUAAAUUAAAAGUUUACAGAAUCUGUUCAAUCAAGCUGAUCCUUAAGUUUCAACUCAAAGUAUAGUUUCAAUGUCUACCCUUUGAUGCAUGGUGGUCUUCACAAAUCUGGCCAGCAGCAGUUGAUUAUUAUGAAGUCAAAGUAGCUUUUUAUUCUGUUCUAAAUACUGCUUCUGGGAGAAGUGUUACCUUAAUAUUAGAACAGUUUCACUUUGAGAUGAACUAUAGUAAUCUUGCACUGUAAGAUUUGUAUUCCUAUUUGUCAGGGGGAAAAUCUCACCAGUUGCAAAGUUCUUUUAGAGAUGAAUCGUUAAUAUUUUCCCACAUUGCUUCUUUGUUAUUCACAGUAAUCCUUUACUUUGACAUUGGUUUUAUAUACUGUUGGAUUUCUAUCUGCAACUUUAUUACAUUCCACUGAUCUGAUUUAAUCUGCACUUUCAAGAUUUUGAAUUGGCAGGUGUCAGGUAUGGUAUCCUAUUAUUUCCUUUUUCACUUUUCCUCUUCCACUUCAACUUUUCUUAAAGCAAGAUCUUUGGUUUGAAAGCCACCACAGACUGGAAUAUCUGGUUCAGUUCAGAUGUCUGAGAUGAAUAGGUCCAAUCUGUAAAGUCACAUAGUUUAAGGCAGAAGUUAAUGAUACUGGAAGGGAAUUUAUCUCAAAACUAUGGGCAUUUUUGUUGGGAGGCAUAGAGCGACCUGCAGAUUCCAAAGGUUGCUUUAAAAUACAUUAAAUAGGAUACAUUACAUUGCAACAAGAAGCUACAUGCAGUAAUUAAUUAAAAAUAUAAUAUUUUUCUUGUAGCAAAUUGUUGACAUUAUGGGAGGUUAACCUGAUUAACAAAUAUUGAAGAUGUUUAAUCAUAAACUAAGAUUUAGGAAAUUAUGUUCCUGCUUUGCAUUUUUUAUUGCAAUAUUUCUCAUUUGAGGUUUGUGACAGAAUCAUCAAGUAUUCUAUCAAACUAGCUUGCUUCUGGCAACAUCAAUGUGCAUGUAUUACUUGGCAAGGAACUGUUGAAUUUGUCAGUUCUGUGCCAGUACACACAAAUAAAUUAUUGCACCAACAUCUGGGGCUCAGCAAACAAUUGAAUAAAAUAAUUCUUGGCUUUGUGGCUUUUAUUGUUGGUGGGGUUCUUUAAUGCCACAAAGCUCUUAAUUGCUGAUGUUUCUUUGUUAAUCCCUCCCCAAUGUGGCGAAUUUGCCCAAAGGAAGAACUUGGGCAAUGAAAUUGGAAUGUCAUUAUAUAACAGAUUUUGUGCUUGGUUCUUGAAGGUGCCCAUCAGUAAUUCAUUCUUGCAGCUUUAGAUCUCUUGUGCAUCUUUACUUGAACCGUGUGUUAAGUCUGCUUUUUUAUAGUAAAUGUGGACAUAAAUUGAUUCUUCCACAGAUAAAUAGAUAUGUUAUAUCCUGCUAAGUGUAUUUCUGGAUAGCAUGACAAUAAGUCUGUAUAAUCAUCCAAAAAAAAAUGGAUGUUAAGAUCUCUAAAUACCCCGUUAACAAUAUAUGAUUAUAUAGCAGUGAGUUCUGGGUCCUGAUAUUCUUUCCAAGCACAAUCUAAUUUGGUUUCAGUAGCAAACUUGGAUUAACAGGUUUUCAUUCUAAGUACAGUGUUCUUGCUGUUAAAUUUCAUUUUUAUGAUAGGCGGGUGUGAAAUAGUUUGAAUCUGCAGUUCUUUGGUUAGAAACUGUUGGUAUACUCUGCAUUUUCUUUUGAACCUUUUUACUCAGGAUAUUAAUUUUUAGAAUGAUCUCCCAAAUGAGCAAUUAGGGAAUCUAUAUUAUAUUUUGAGCUUUUCCAAAACCUCUAAUGCUUCAUACCAUUUGUUUCAAGUGAUUUUUUUUUAAGAACUUGAAAUUUUAAUGGUUAUUUUUAAAGUGAUUGUAGGAUAAGCCUUUAAUAAUUUCAUCAUUAAAAUAUGUAAUCGUAUGUACUUCAUAUUUGUAAAAUCUUGUUCCUGAUGACAAAUUUGUUACUAUUUAUUAUAUAUUCACCUGUAUUUGCAGAGUUGCCAGUGCAAACCUGUCAGAUGGAAAUAGCAAUUAUCCAGAUGUCAUAGUGUUAUAGUGAUUAAUUCCUUGAGCAAAUCUAGAAAUAGAAUCCAAUGCUCCAAACUCUACAUCUUCCCAAAUGGUUACUCUGGUAUGGUAUUUAACUGAAUAAUAAAAUACAGGUCUUGUAUCGAAUUAGGUGUAGAAUGUACAUUAUCUUAUUCAGAACUUUCCCUCCUUGAUCUCUAGUUCUCUAGUCCCUCACUGACCAAUUUCUGUUCACUUCUACUCGACUCCAUUUGUGUAAUGUUGUGGAAAAUUGGCUAUCAUUUAUUACACAACUUUUCCCCCCGCAUUUCACCUCCCCACUACAUUCAUUAGUUUGGAUGAGUCAUCAUGGGUAUAAAUAUGUUUUCUUGUUUUGAAGACGUGGAUAAGGAAUUUUAAUUGCUUUGCCUUGUUUGAAUUUUCAGAAAAAGUUAAUUGAAGUAAUUGUAAUUUUCGUCCAAGAUCAUUUGCAGAGCUCUUUUGAGCAUCAGGCACUAAUGGUACAAAUCAGCUUGGCUUCACUAUCCAUAUUCUGACAAGAUUAGUAAUAAUGUUUUCACCUUGGGGGUGAUCUAGUAUGCCUUCAGUAUUGUUGUUGCAUCACCAUCCCAAUUUGAAAUUGAUCUGCAGUAUUAACCUAUAGAAUCUUCACUACAUUUAUUUCAGACAUUGGUCUCAAAUUGAGUAUUUCCCUCAUUUUUGAUGAAGAUACUUAUACAUCAGUGAACUGUAAAUAUUAUUUUUUUGCCAAAGUUAAUUAAAUUGGUCCUACAGACAUGAACUGAUGUUCAGCUUGUAAAAGGAUCAUAGUUGUUUGAUUCCAGUGAAUAGAUUAUUGGCUCAGUUACUUGCAAACACAGCCACUUUCUGCUGGCUUUAUUUAUAAUUGCAAAUAUAUAAUGCAUUUUUGAUAAAGUAAAUGUAAACUUUAAAACAUCUGGUCUUGUAAUGAGCUUUAGAACAGACAGGACUAGCAGUAAAAUGAUCAUGAUUUUACAAUCAAUCACUUUUCGGGUUGGGGGGGAAUGGGAAUGUUAGAGUGAGCAAUGCUGUUAUUCCUGGAUCACCACAAUUCUUUGUGCUUUUACUUUUGUUCCUAUCACCAGUCUGAUUAUAGGCUGCAUCAACAAUUUUGUUUUUGCUUCUUGGUUACCAUUGCACUUACUGCCAUUUCUCUUCCAAGGAUGCUUUUAUGCUUUCUUCCUGGCAUUUUGUUAAAUGCGGCUGAAUAUACUUAAGUUUAUAAUCUCAUUUAAAAUGCUGGAAAUUGGAAAUGCAGGGGGCAAAUGCUGGUCAAGCUCAAUAGGUCAGGAAACAUCUUUUGAGAGGAAGUCAUUGGUUUGGGCCCAAGACUUUUCAUCAGAAGAACAUCAACCUGAAACAUUAAAUUUUGCUCUCCACAGAUGUGUGAAAUUCUGAAUUUUGCUAUCAUUUUCUGUAUUUAAAACCUUGUUUAAAACAAAACUAUGUUUGCUUUAUUCCUUUAUUUCUUAAUUAAAAUCCAUAGAAUUAUCACUUAGAUUGAUAAAGGAUUAUGUAAAUUAAAUUGAAGAAUCUGCAUUUUAAGGUUAAUUUUUUUUUUGAGUUGGACGUUGAUAAUGCCUUAGAAGCGAGAAACCUGAAGAUUCUAGCCGAUCCCCAAGAGUACAUUGAGCUGUUGGUUCCUACCCGCUCUCCUGCAUCCAGUAGCUAGUUUGCUUCACCAGUUUUUUUUUUACUAUAACAUUGGUAGUGAUUCUCGUGUAGGUUUAAUAGAGGUGCAGUGGAGCUUGAGUUCAGCUACAUUUAAGACUUAAAAAAAUAAUUAGUUCCAGUAAAUUUUUGGACUGCAGAAAGGCUCAGAGUUACAUCAUUUUCAAUUGAGUUAGCUGCUUGGAAACUGAACAAAGAAUAUGAGUACUGAAAGUUGACCUUUUUUGUCCAGUCAUUACUCAGAGUUAGAUAACACGGCACACCAAAGCCUACUUUCUAAACUAGUACCUCAGAUUAAUACUUGAGCUAAUAGAAUUGAUUGCUGAUGUAUUUGGCUGAGGUGGUAGCAUGAUAGUAACUGUUGUUCGAGACCUGACCACCAUAGCAGAGCUUCAAUCAUGAAAAUUUCUUUAAACGUUUUAGUAAUGCAGUACUGAUGAAAGUUAUUCCCCUCCGUAGAUUCUGCCUGACUUGCUGAGUUCCUCCAGCAUUUUGUGUGUUUUGGUAACACUUAGUUCUCACUUUAGGUAUCUCCUGCAUCUAAUAAAGUGGCAACUGAGUGUUUUGCCGGUUACAAAUUCCUAUUACUACAUUUGUAGUAUUAAUCUGAACGGUAAUAUGGUACCCUCACUGGGAGAAAAUAUACAACUACUUUGAAAUACCCAAAUAUGUACCUUUCACUUUACUCCUUUUAGUAUAUACCCACAAAGAGCCUUUUGCUGAACUUAUUUUGCUCAUAAUACCAAAAUACAGUGAAUCAUAAAUGUCCUGUGAUAUCUGUAUGUAUAUUAAAUAGGACUACGUAAAGCCUAGAAAUGUAUAAACUGAAUUGCUUAAUGGUAUAUGUAAAAUAAACUUAUGAAUUUGCUAAAUCUAAACUUAGAAAUGCUUGUUUCUUUUAAAAAUCAGACUUGUUAAAACAUAGCAACACAAUUAUUUUAAUAAGUCCAUAUUAUAUUUGUCAUUGUAAUAGAUGUUUAAAUUUUCAUUCUCCCCUCACUAUAAUGGAUGUUUUUACUGAGGCAGUGCUAAUGCAGUGUUUUUUCUUCCAUGCAUAUAAUUGAAGUUGGCAGUUUACUUUUUACAGUUGCUUUGCACUUGAUAGCUAAUAGUGCAGACUUGGGGCUGAUUGUUCCUGUUGUUUUAACCUGGAACUGAACCCAAGAUUUUAUUACUUGUUUAUAACAUUUGCUUUUCAGAUGCACUUUAUUGUCUGUAAAGAUGCAUUAAGGUAAAACAAUUCAACAAAUGCUUAUAAAUAUACUAGCUCUUUACUUCCUGACUUCAAGCAGCCCUGUUGCCAGAUUUUAUUUAUGCCAGAUUGACUUUGGCCUUGCACUUCAUUACCAGAAUCAUUGAUAUAUCAAAAAAUCCUCUGCACAUUCCAAUUUGACUUGGUUCCUUAAGCAUUGACACUUCUUGCAAAAGCCUUUUCUUCCUCUGCCCAAAAUGUUUUGGGCAGGCCAGUUCAUGGUGGAAAAGAUUACUGUUCUCUGAAAAGCGUACUCAUUUCAGAAUCAAAAUUAAUCAAUGGUAAAUAGACUUUUUAUUGCUUCUCUCCGACAUAGUAACAUUUGGCAGCCAGUUCUGUUUUACUACAGCAAACGAAACAGUUAUUCCCUAGAUUAUGAAUAUUGUGUGAUAGUUCAAAAACCCUUCAUGCCAGUUUAAGGAUUUGAAUCCAAGUGACAUGGAAACUUCAGCUGUCCACUUUAAAGAAAAUAACUUGUCAUCUAUAUCUGUAGUGCCACACUCGCUGUUUCUUAACUGUACUCCAAAUUACUCUGGAUUAGCACAUUGUUAUUUGGUUUUUCAAAGUUGUUCAAUUGGAGACAGCUAGUGAGAAACCACUAGCCUUGUCAGAGAAUCUACUUCCGGAGUGUGGCAAAUUGUUCUUGGGUGCUCAACUCAAUUUGUGCGCUUGCCUUUCUGUUUGAAGGCUGGAAAAAGUAGGGACCUAAUUGACAGCAAACUAAAUUGGUAAUUUCUUGAUUCAAUAUUCAGAGUUUGGGCAUUGCUUAACCACUAACAGCAGGUGGUAGUAUAUCCAAAUGAAAAAUGUUACUACAUACAAGUUUGUGCAGUGAUGAAGACAUUCUUAUACACUGUUGCACUGUGUACCUGGCACUAAAUUUGCAAUGAGUUUUUUGAUUUUGUGUAUCAGUGCAGUUUCGCAAAUUAGAGCAGAAGGAAACAUGGACUGCUGAGUCUGUACUGGGUUUAUGAAAGAUCAGUUCAACCUUCCUUACUCUCCUGCUCUUGUCCUGUAACAUUGCAUAUUUUUUCCAGAUAUUGAUCUGGCUCUUUUGAAUGGUAGAAUUGUACCUACCACCUACUCUGACUUCAUUUUCAAGUAAUCUUGCUUUUAGAGAUAUUACAUAAUGUUUUGCAUGUUUGAGGAUGUACAUAUUGUACGUUUUAUAAUUUCUAACUUGCAUGGUCUGCUAAACCUAAAUUUAAUCCUUUUCAGCCAGUAAUUUGAAUACCACUUGCAGCCAUCCUAAAGAUCAUCAACUUAAUUGAAGCAAAGUAAAAUUCAAAGGUUGCAAAUAGAGUGCAUAUUCCAAAGCGGGAGAAGUUUAUACAACCUCUUUCCAGUUUGUCGCAUCCACUGAUCUACAUUUGUCAUGAUGCUUUUUAACAUUGCAAAGGUAGUAUGAUUUAAGCUUGCCUGUUUUUGUAGUGAACAAAUUUGGCUUUUGUGCGUUUGUAACCCUUGCAGCAUACACCAUUUUUAACAAUAUUAAUACAGUAUAUUCUUGAUUAAAGUUGCUAAUUCAAAGUAAUAGAAUUUUAUUUCAUUUAUUUGUUCUUGUAUUUUGAGCAAAUGAGCAGUGCACACAUCACUGCUCUUUCAAAAUUUCCUUGAAGCAAGCUAGGAGUGCAAUAUUAAGUAUCUUGAUAACAUAAAUUGUGCAGUUUGCAGCAUUGAAAUUACACAUCUGUUACUUUCACAACUUCCUCUUGAACACAAGUUUAUUGGCUGAGCUGAAGGGAAAAUCUACUUAAUCUGUGUUCUUGCUGCUGAAGAUGAAGAGACAAAACAUGUUCUGCUUCAUUUGGGUCCAACUUGUAUUUCAGUCAUCUCUGCUCACCUUCCUAUUUUGGUGGCUUUCAACAUGCAAUAGCAGUCACCAAUAAAUGAAAGGAGGCCAUUAUCUUCAGCAAUAAAAUUUAGAACACUGAAAACCCGAGGAAUUAAUGAAACAUUUUUCAAAUAACUACUAAACAGUUUAAUUGUAACAGCAAUUAUUCUGACCUGUUUUCAAUUCACUGGAACUGACUAAAGGCUCUUUGGAUAGAAUUAUCAAAUAUAACUUUUGUUUCUCAUACACCUAGUGAUUUUGUUCUCCUUUUGUAUCUAAUCAUUAUUGCUAGCCUUGCUGUGGUGAUAAUACAUUAAAGAAUCGCAUUCAUAACUUUUGGGUAAGUUCUACACCUUACCAUAUGAGGCAGGAGAUUUUCAGAAAAAAACAUUUCUAACAUCUCAAGGCAAUAAAUGAGCUCUUGAUCAACUUGAUGUUUACUCUGGCACCAUGAGUAUCUUCAAAAUGGUGACUGUAGAAAAUUAAGGCUGUACACUGGAAGAACUGGCUUAAUCUUGAGAAUGUAACUUAGCAAACGUGGAAGAAAAACUUGAAAUUUAAUUUCAUUUACACUCAUAUAACUGAAGAUUUUCACAUUCAUUGUCUUCAGGUCUCUUGUGUACCUCCAAUCUCAGGCAUGACAUGGCAUAAUCGUAUGUUUUUCUGAAUGUAUCAUGGAUUGUUUAAAGUACUCAAGAUUGCCAGGUAACUGCUUAGUGUUAAUAAUUUUGUCAAAUGAAGUAACCUUCAGUGAGCACUUACAAUUUUUAAAAAAAAUUUCUCCUUUCAGCCACCCAGCUAUGGUUUUGGGUGGUUUGUCUAUAAGCACUGUUCUAUAUUUUGUGCUGCUGCAUACAUUUAAAGACAUGGAUUGGUUAAUUAUUCCAAAAGAUUAUCAGUAUAUUUAUGUGCUGUCACCAUGGAGUUGUACUGCUCAGAAGUAGGCCCUUUGCACCAACUUAUUCAUACUGAUCAAGGUGUCUUCCUGAGCUAUUCCCAUUUGCCUGCUUGCCUUUUUGUUUGAAGGCUGGAAAAAAGUAGGGACUUAAUUACAGCAAACUGAAUUGGUAAUUUUUUAAUUCCCUCUAAACCAGGGGUAGGCAACCUUAAGCACAAAUGAUUUUCUAGCAUGCAUUUUUCAUUAAUUUGAGGCAAAACAUAACUAGAUGUAUUUAAAUGGAUAAUUCCCAUAUUUCAAGUGUUUUUUGGCAUUUAUCUGGCCCACUGUCCACUCAUUAAUAUGGGAUUCGGCCCACAGAGGCAAAAAAGUUGCUGACCCCUGCUCUAAACCUUUUCUAUCUGUGUAUCUGCCUAAAUAUCUUUUAAACCCACCUGUACCAUUUUGGUAACCUAUUGCAUAUAUCUCCACCUCUGUGGGGGAUAGACUUGUCCCUUCAGUCUCUUAGAUUAUUCCCUCACCUUAAGCCCACACCCUUGAGCUUUGGCCUCCCCUGCCCUGGGAAGAAGACUUGGUGAUUCAUCUUAUUCCCCUCAUAAUUUGCAUAUCUAUAAGGUCACCCCUCAAGCCUCCUUUGCUCUAGAGAAAAUAAUCGUAGCCUAGUCCAGAAUGUUGCUUUCUAAAUUAAUACAUUAGAGGUAAUUUUAGCAGAAAUAGCCUAUAUAUUGCAAAGUACAGCAUGCAGGAAGGACGCAAGAGUAAAGUUUAAGUUUUUAAUAUAAAAGGGAUUACUGGAAUGUUCUAGGAUGGCCUUAUCUAGCAUCAACAUGUUUAAUAUUGUGUUGUCCAUGGGUACAAAAAAUAGGCAUGGCAUAAUAGGUAUAACCAGUUAAUUUCAUUUAUUUUGUUCGGUAUUAGUGUGCUAUAUCUGCUCCUCCACAAUUUCACCAAAGUAUAAGAAUCUAAUAGCAGUUAACAAUUGUUUGUACUCCCCUGGUAGUGCAUUUGUGCUGGGUUGGCAUUUUUGUCAUCUGUGGAACAUUGAGAAUGUGUGGCUGAUUGCAUUUGUUGGUAUGAGAAGCAUUAUCCCGAUACAUUUAAUGACAUAGGCUUAUAUAUAUGGAUGAAUGCCAUGAAAAUUUGAUUUUUGCAGCAUCCCAGUGCAUUAUAAACAUGACAAACAAGUUAACACAAAUUGUACAUGGGUGAUAAAAUAAACAUAGUGCAAGUAAAAGAAAUGCAGACUGAGUUGUAUGGCUUUGGGUUCCUGUACUUCCUGCCUGGUGGCAAUAUUCAGAAAGGAGAAUGGCCCAGAUGGAGGUGUUUGGAUGCUGCCUCUCUGUGCCAUAGCCUCAAGCAGAUAGUCUUGAUGGUGUGAGAACUACAGUUUUUUGUUCUAGGCCCUCAGAGACAAAGAAUUAUUUUAAAAAGUAAAUAAGUACAAAUAGCACUACGGGGGAGUAAAAUAUUUUUUAUACCUUGUGGGUAAGUUGUGGAGGGGCUGGUUAUACCACAGAUCAGCAAGAAACAAAAUUCUUAUACAAGCUCUUAAUUCUUAAUAUGAAAGUUGCGUUCACUGGUUGUGUGUGGCCAUGGUAGUUGUUGCUUGGUAGCUUGUGGAUUCUUGGAGCAUGGGCUUUUCUUACCUUGAUUCUCCUUCGCAAUAAUGUUCAAAAAGAAUAGAUUGUGGAUUUUGAGUUUUCAAUUCUUAUUCCAUACAUUGUUAUUUUUAGGUCCAACUUGAUUGAGUGCAGCUCAAAGCAUUCAAAUCUGCAGUCAUUCAUGGUCUUUAAAUGACUACACCAUAGUGCUUACGCAUGGAAGAUGUGAAUGUGCCAAGGCUUACAUUUGGUUAAACAACUUGUGUUGGCUUACUUUGGAUUCACGAUAAAUGAGAAAUCAUUAUCAUAAUCACCUAGUUGUCAAAUUUGACUUUUAUUGAUGGGUUCCUUAAAAUACCACCAUUUUGGCACACAGCUUCCAUCUCAUUGCAUUUGAAGCAUUGAUCUCAUUACCACCAUUUGCAGGAUGCUGACCUCUGUCUUGGCGUUGCAAGUAAGGCAAGCCUGCAAGCAUCUACACAGUGUAGCAUUAGCUCUAUUUUGCCAGCAGUGGCACAGGGUUCGUAUGAUAUACUCUAAAUAGUUCAUUCUCUCGUGGUUCUUACCAGAUGAUUUUGCUGUUCUUUUGAGAGGAUCAGACUAUGUUAUAAUGUGACAUUUCUAAAUGUAAAUGCUGUUUCUCGUAUGAGUAGAUCACUAUUUACAGUCAACCAGCAUAUCAACCCACAAGGUUCUCGCUCCCUUCUUGAUUCUUUCAGAGAUUUAAAGAUCAGUGUUUCAGAGUAACUCUCUAAAGAUAAAAAGGCAGCAAUGUUUGGCAUCUGUCUUGUUCUUUAGUUUCGUCUCGGCUCUUCAGGUUGGAUUACAAGAAGAAAUUUCCUCACUGAUUUCAUAAAUACUUAAGCAGCUGUUUCCAGGACAACUUUGCGCAGAAAAUGGUAAGGUGCAAAUGUCAAACAAAACCUCUGUCAAAUAGUAUCCGCAAUGCUCAGUAUAUCAGAACCAUGCUUAACUGUUACUUAGAAUUUUCCUUUUGAUGCAAAGCAAAAAUGCAGAGAUAAGAAGGUUAUCACUUUAAAUGUUUGAGCAGCAUAUUGACUCUGCAAGUAACCACUGGGGUUUAGCAGCUAAUAGGCUGAAGCAGUUUCAGACAGACGAUCUCAUUAAAAUUGAGUGGUUUUAAUUUUGGAAGGGUUAUGAAGUGCAGUGUAGAUUAGAUAGUAGGAUUGCAAUAUUCUGCUUCAACCCAAAACUAAGCAGAAAAUUACCAGAUUGGUAGGGGACUAAGAGUUUUGUUUUUCAGUUUAUAGAUGAAGCUAUAAAUGGUUGAGGAACGAGUGUCCUCUAGCAGGCCUCAGUUCUCAGAAUGAGGGAUGAACUGAGUUUUUGGUUUCACUUGACCAACUAUAUGAUUGUUCAUUGCUGCCUUUAACAUUCUUGCAUUGAUCCUGCCCCAGCUUUCAUUCUUGCCUUCCAUGGCUUACUGGGCUCCCUCAUUCUGUUAUUGGUGUACUCUGGGAGGGUCAGAGGGGUAUUCAGAACACCUGAGGCAUCUGUCUGACCCAUGCUAUUCUAUUCACCUGGGACCUUUGUGCUUGGUAAUCUAUAUCAUGAUGCAGUUUUGCCAGGAACUUAAUAUGUUCUUACCCUAGUUGGCCAUCUGUUUACUAGUGUUAACUAUUCUUCUUUUCAUCUUCCUCUGGCUCUAUAUUCUAGUAUGCAAUUUCGUGGUUGCCCAAAUGUUUACUUCAUCUAAAACUCAUGUCACCAAAACCCUCAUGCAAUUGGAUUCUGGAUUUCCUCACUUGUAGACCCCAGUCAGUUUGGAUUGCAAAAAUGUCUCCACAAUCUCCACCAGCACAGGAGCACCACAGGGAUGUCUGCUUAGCCCCCUGUUCUACUUGCUCUACACCUAUGACUGUGACUAAGCACAGGUUCAGCACUAUAUUCAAGUUUGCUGAAGACACCACUGUUUUGGGCCGCAUCAAAGGUGGUGAUGAAUCAGCAUACAGGAGGGGGAUUUGAGUGUUGUCAUAACCACAAUUUCUCAAUGUCAGUAAGACCCAAGAAUUGAUUGCAGACUUCAGGAGAAAGAAACCAGAGGUCGAUGAGCCAGUCCUCAUUGGAGAAUCAGAGAUGGAGAAGGUUAGCAACUUUAAAUUCCUGGGUGUUACAUUUUCAGAGGACCUAUCGUGGACCCAGCAUGUAAAUGUAAUUGUGAAGAAAACAUAGCAGUACCUCUACUUCUUUAGGGGCCUACGGACAUUUGGCAUGUAGUGAAGAGCGUAUUGACUGGCUGCAUCACAGCCUGGGGGUAUAGAAGCAUCAGUGCCUUUGAAUGAAGAACCCUGUGAAAGGUGGUGGAUUCGGCCCAGUACAUCACAGGUAAAGUCCUUCCAACCACUGAGCACAUGUACAUGAAAUGCUGUCGUAGGAAAGCAGCAUCCAUCAGAGAUCCUCACCCCAGGCCGUGCUCUUUUCUCACUGCUGCCAUCAGGUUGAAGGUACAAGAACAUUGGGACUUGCACCACCAAGUUCAGAAACAGUUGCUACUCCUCAACCAUCAGGCUCUUGAAUGAGGGGAUAACUACACUCGCCCAUCCAUGCAGAUGUUCCCACAGCCAAUCAUCUCUAAGGACUCUAAUUUCAUGUUCUCAUUAUGCAUUGCUAUUUAUUUAUAUUUGCAUUUGCACAGUUUGUUGUCUUCCAGCUGAUCUUUCAUUGAUCCUGUUAUCAUUACUAUCCUCUGGAUUUGUUGAGUAUGCCUGCAGAAAAAUGAAUCUCAGGGUUGUAUGUGGUGACAUAUAUGUACUCUGAUAAUAAAAUUUACUUUGAACUUUAAAGGACUUCAUAAGCAUACCACUAUGGACAUCCCCUUUGGUUACUUCACUGGGGGGAAAAAAGCUAAUGUUAUUAAAAUGAUUGAUAGCUCUAUGAAAAUGUAUUUUAUAUUUAAGGGGACUAAGCAAAUGUGUACUAAUGAUAUGAACAAGGGCAAAUGGGCAAAAAUAUAAAACUAAAAAUUGAGCAAAAUUAUGGAGGGUGGUAAACUAGAGAAUAGGUUGGCUUGGUGCGAGAAUAAUAGAACCUUGAUUGAAGUUUGGAUGUGGGUUUAAUUAAGUAGGCAAAUUUUACAAUGUUGAGGAUAUUUUAAGGCUCAUGGACAAAUGGAGCACUGAGCUAGUAACCAAUUUCUUGGGAAAUGCAGUAGGUGGGAUACAUAGUCUAUUUGUAGAUCUUUAGUAGAAGGCCUACUGCAAAAAUGUAUGGGAUUAAAAUGUAAUCUUGAUAUUCUUUUCCAAGUCCAUCUUAGAGAAUCAUUACUACUCAGGAGGAGACGACACCAGGUAAGGCUGAUGCUAUAGAUUUUCACUACAUGGAACACAAUGCCUGAAGAAAUCACUUUCAAAACAGUAACUGGAAAUAAAAUAAUCCCAACAAGCCUAUAACAUUGGACCCUUUUAUUUGUAAUCUCAGGAAAAUUUAUUUUCUUCAAAAUUAUAAAAUUUAUUUCCUUUACCAUAGUAUUAAUUUUUACACAGAAGAAUUGUUGCAGCAAUGAGUGCAGCACAAUGUGAUUAGCAUUAAAGCAUUCAAUUUUUUCUUGAAUUCCCUUCAUCCUUGCUGCCAUUAUAGUAAGUCACUAAUAUCUCCUAGACUGGCCUUCAAAAACAAGCAAAGCUCUUAAUUUAGUCAUGUGGUUUAGUAUUUUGUACUGCAUCUCUGUGAUGCAUGAUGACUUUAAAUCAUUUACCAACAUUCCUCGUACCUUCGACCUGGGUAAACCCCAGGUUUCUCUGUUCCUGCACUCCUUUUCAACUGGUAAUGAAAUGAUAUAAAUGAUCUGUUAUUUGCAUUCUCUCAAAAUAAAUGCUUCAUUUAUAAAUGUAGGGAAAGUACUGGAUUUCUCUAAAUUCUAUGAAAAUUACAGGUGUGACCUUGAUUUCCAGAUUUUUCUUUUGGGGCAAAAUACAGAUUUUAAAAAUUAAAACUUAAGCCAAUAUUGGUCCUUAGCAUGCCCAUCAGUACCCAUGCUACUACAAGGCAAAUGGAAGGGGAGAAAAAUAACUUCUCCCAUAUUGCACUAAAGUAGAACUCGUAUUUGAUAACUGCAUAAUUAACCUCUAAGCUUUUUUGAUUCCUCAAUACAAAUUAAAUAGCCUAUAGUGUUCAGUACUCUGCUUGGGCAUGAGAGUGUAGUAACUAAUGGUCAUUUAUAGACUUAAAGUAGAAUUUUUUUAACAAAUGCUGAUUUGCUGGCAUUUGAAUUAUGCUGUCUUGUGAUAAACGUUGAAUCUGAUUUUCAGAACAAACAGGUAGCAUUUCUGCAUCAGUUUCUCCACAAAUUCUGCCAUCUUCGGCAGGAUCCUACCAUCAAACACAUUUAUCUCUCCCCAGUUCUUGCUUUCCUCAGGGAUCAUUCCCUCUGAUUCCCUUGUCCAUUUGCCCCUCUCCUUCCUGACACAUCCCUGCAAGUGACAAAUGCUACACCUGCCCGUUCACCUCUUGCCUCCGUUCAGGUCCCCAGUCUUCCAGGUGAAUCUUGGGAUCAUCUGUUGUAUCUGGCACUCCUGAUUAUGGCCUCAGUGUAAUGAGAUGGGCCUUUUUGUUGAGUAUUUCCACUCUCCUAACUGCCAAAAGCAGAAUUUCCUGGUGGCUAAACAUUUUAAUUCCUUUUCCUGUUACAACAUUGUCAGUCUAUGGCCUCUUCUCUUACCAUGAUGAAGCCACUCUCGGUGGAGGAGUAACACCUUGUAUUUUGUCUAGGUAGCCUCCAACCUGAUGACAUUAAUAUCAAUUUCUCCUUCCCGUAAUUAUUUCCCCUCCUUUUUCCCUCUUCUAUUCCCCAUUCUGGCCUCACCUCUUCUCAUCCGCCUAUCACCUCACCCAGCGCUCCUCCUCCUUCCCCUGUUCCCAUGGUCCACUCUUUUUCUCCAACCCUUUGCCUUUCCCACCCACCUGGCCUCACUUGUCACCUAGCUAGUCCUACUGCCCCUUCCUCUCCACAGUUUUAUUCUGGUGUCUUCCCCCUUUUCCAGUCAUGAAAAAGUGUCUUGGCCCACAAUGUUGAUCAUUUCCAUAGAUAAUAAAUUAGAAUAUAUUACAGUCUUGUUGAAGCAUUGAGAGAUGGGAUAAGCUACUGAACACUUAAGGCUUUUAAAGUCACUUGUUUUUAUUUAAUUGGCAUUUACGUUUUUGUAAUAUUCAUUUAGUUUUAUGUACUUUAAAGUUGUCAUUUUACUGCUUGUCCUGAAUGAAAGAACUAAAUAAAUAAAAGUUUGAAAUGUGGGAUCAUGGGUGUGUUGUCCAGUUAUGAAAGGGCUAAUAUUAGUUGUAUUUGAGAACAUUCUAUUCUCCAAGGUGGAGCAGUCCCUAUUUUGCUAUAUAUUCAUAAUCCCACAGAUGAAUAAGAGGACAGUUUUGAUUCUGAUAAAGCUCAGUGCCAAAUGACUGCAAAUACUUGUAUGAGGUCUCUACACUUCAUUCACACACCAGUGAGCAUUUUCUUUAAUUGAACCAUGUUCAUAUGUAUUGUGAAUGAAUAUAAUGCAACCAGAUAACUACCUUCAGAAGAGCACUCUAUACAUUCUCCAGCCGUAAAAUUUUGAGAUGGGUCGUUAACCUAUCUGUAUUUCUAGAGCAGCUUUGUUCUGUUAUUUGCACUCCUGGAAACUGAUGUGGUCCAAACGUGUAAGGCAUUACUGCCAAUAAAGAUGACGAGUAACUGACUUGCAGUGUUUAGGUGUAUAUCUGCUAGCUGCUUUUAGCCAUCCCCAAAAGGAUCUCAGUUUUGCAGUUCAAUUUACACUUUGAUUAUUCUCUCCCAUUGAAGCAGCAUGCCUUUAAAACUAUCUAAACUGCUUUCUAAAGCUUAUGAUAGAGUGAACAUGCAGAAUAGAUGUAGAGCACAAGAGCUUACACCACUAUUUGAAACAGAAGAGUACAAUUGGGUUUCAGAAAGGAAUUAUAUUCAGCGCAUGAAAUACAGUUAUGAGCAGUCAUUGAAAUGAGCCUCAAGUUUGUCUUUAAGAAAAUGAACAUUGGUCUAGGAUAAUGUGAAAUACCUAGUGCUGUGUAGCUCUUGGGCCCUGCAUAUCCCUUUAGGGUCAUUGUUUAUUCAAAUAUUCCUGUAUAAUACACUGAAACUGGUAGCAUUGGUGUUAAUCAGAGUUACGGUAACACUGCCACUCAUGUUAAAAUGUAUUUAGUAAAUUUUCAUAGAUUUUCUGAUAGUAUAAAGAAAGUGAACAUUUCUGGUGAGAUAAAUUAUAGAGAAGGACAUUGAAAUGGCUUAGUUGCUUUAUUUCCAGCUACAUGUUUUGAUAGUUAUUUGAUAAGUUACAGUAAAUGUUUUCACUGGAAGUAAGCUUACUGACUGGUACAAAGAGACUACUACAACCUUUCAUGGCAGUAGGAUACUGAAUCAUAACUAUAGGGGGAGGGGUGGAAAUUGACAUUUUAUAUGUAUUCAGUGCAUUAAUUAUACAUAAGCUGUGAUUGCAGUAGAGAUAAAAUUAUAAAAGCAUGAGCUAAGUGCUGUACAACAAUUCAAACUAUUUACACAACUAAUAAACCCUAUUUAAAUUCAAGUUUGAUCACGUAAUAGACCACAAAUGAAAUGAUUAUGACACUUGAAUAUUGUAAGAUUACAGCAUUGGUAUUUACCAUUUUAAAUAAAUAUGGCUAUUAUCAGGACUUGGUUUAUUCUGAACUCUGCUUCUUUGAAAGUGGUUCCAUAAGUGGUUCAAUGACCUCCAAUGGCAGCACAUCCUUUCUUAGAAACAAAACUGUUUUCAAUACUCCAAAUAUGGUCUGGCCAAUGCCUUAGCAUUACAAUCUUGCUUUUAUAUUCUAGUCGCUCUCAAAAUGAAUGCUCACAUUACAAUUGACUGACUCAGCCUGAAAGGUAACCUUUAGGGAAUCCUACAUUAGGACUCCCAAGAACCUUUGCACCUGUGUUUUCUGAAUUCAUUCCUCAUUUCGAAAACAGUAUACGCCUUUAUUCCUUCUACCAAGGUGCAUGAUCGUGUACUUCCUUACACAAUUCUAUCUGCCACUUUGCCUAUUAAGUCCUUCUGCAGACUCAGUAUACUUACUUUUCUCUCUACAGUUUGUCUUCUGCACAUUAGGUGUUUGUCGGUCUUUGUGUAAUUUUUCAUUCUAUUGUAUGGGCGCCACGGUAUCGUAAUGGUUAGCAUAACAUUAUAGCUUAAGGUGUCAGUGUUCAAGACCAUCGCCCUCUAAGGAGUUUGUGUCCUCCACGUGGAAUCUGUGGGUUUACUCCAGGUGCUGUGGUUUCCUCCCAUAAUCCAAAGACCUACUGGUUAAUUGGUCAAUGUAAAUUGACCUCUGAUUAAGCUAGGGUUAAAUGGGUGAGUUGCUAGGUGGCAUGGCUGGAAGAGCCUAUUUGACAUUGUAACUCAAAAUGAAUAAUAUUUAAAAUGCCUUUGUUUGACUGAAUAUUUGCAAAAAAAAAUCUCAGUGGUAUAUGGUGACAUAUACUUAAUAAAUUUACUUUGAACUUGAUUUCUGCAGUGCUGUUUAAUUUGAGUGCUUGCUGGCCCUAAUACUUCUCUAAUCAAACACUUAUUUAUUUUAUUGUACAGUUGCUGACCAAUUAUGUAUUCAGAAAUUUAUUACAAUUGUGAUUCAUGUGCAUGCAUUAAAAUUGCAGGAAGUUAAUUAGUUGUCCUUCAGGAACAAAGCUCAUUCUUUCUUAGCAUAGCAGAUGAAUUCAAAAUUGAUGGUUCUCAAUGAUUUGCCACAGCAAUUUUUUUUAAUUAGGCAAAUAUUCCAAAAGAAUAAGAUCUUUUGCUUUGGGAAAAACAUCCGCUUACGAGAGAAUGAUUGCAGUGAAUAUUUACCAUUAGACUUGGACUGGUUUGCUUUUCUGUAAACAAUGUGAGUAUAGUGAUUUUGGGUACCAUUUUUCCACAGUAUGUAUCUUUGGUUUAUUAAAUUAUUUCUAUAGCUACUAGGAACUUGACUGAAACUGCAUUGAUUUGUUUCAGGAGAUACGUUAACAGCCACAUCUCGCAUUGGAAUGGCACCUUGUACUCUUGGGCAAGGUUAAUUUUCAUUUGGGUUUCCAAAUUGGAAUUCUCAGUACAAGAUGCCUAAAGAAUUUAAUUCAAGUUAUUCAAUGUAUUUCUCAUCUUUAAACUGGUGUCAGAUAAAAGCAAAAAACUACGACAAAGUCGAGAAGUUGUUUCAGCGAUGUCUUAUGAAGGUUUUGCAUAUUGAUCUAUGGAAAUGUUAUUUGGCUUAUGUACGGGAAACUAAAGGGAAACUUCCUAGUUACAAGGAGAAGAUGGCCCAAGCUUAUGAUUUUGCCUUGGAUAAAAUUGGCAUGGAGAUUAUGUCCUACCAAAUCUGGGUUGAUUACAUUAACUUUCUGAAAGGAGUGGAGGCAGUAGGAUCCUAUGCAGAGAACCAAAGGAUAACAGCAGUGCGCCGGGUGUAUCAGCGAGGCUGUGUCAACCCUAUGAUAAAUAUUGAACAGUUAUGGCGAGAUUAUAACAAAUAUGAAGAGAGCAUUAACAUACACCUGGCCAAGAAAAUGAUUGAAGAUCGGAGCAGGGAUUAUAUGAACGCUCGACGAGUGGCAAAGGAGUAUGAGACUGUCAUGAAAGGUCUGGACCGCAAUGCUCCAUCAGUUCCGCCACAGAACAGCCCUCAGGAAGCACAGCAGGUGGAGAUGUGGAAGAAGUAUAUUCAAUGGGAGAAAAGUAACCCACUUCGCACUGAAGACCAAACACUAAUUACUAAGCGAGUUAUGUUUGCCUAUGAGCAAUGUCUUCUGGUCUUGGGGCAUCAUCCUGACAUCUGGUAUGAAGCUGCACAGUAUUUGGAACAAUCUAGCAAGCUGCUAGCAGAAAAGGGGGACAUGAACAAUGCAAAACUGUUCAGUGAUGAAGCUGCAAAUAUCUACGAGAGGGCCAUCAGUACUUUGCUAAAGAAGAACAUGUUGCUUUACUUUGCAUAUGCGGAUUAUGAAGAGAGUCGAAUGAAAUACGAAAAGGUACACAGCAUAUACAAUCGGCUCUUAGCUAUUGAAGAUAUCGAUCCAACGUUGGUUUACAUCCAGUAUAUGAAGUUUGCGCGGAGAGCGGAAGGUAUCAAGUCCGGUCGAUCCAUAUUUAAGAAGGCACGGGAAGAUCCCAGAACCCGCCAUCAUGUUUAUGUGUCUGCUGCCCUCAUGGAGUACUACUGCAGUAAGGACAAGGCAGUAGCCUUCAAGAUAUUUGAGCUUGGUUUGAAGAAGUAUGGUGAUAUUCCAGAAUACAUAUUGGCUUAUAUUGACUAUCUUUCUCAUUUAAAUGAGGACAACAACACCAGGGUUCUGUUUGAACGUGUCCUGACAUCUGGCUCCUUACCACCUGAGAAAUCUGGUGAGAUCUGGGCACGAUUUCUAGCUUUUGAAAGUAACAUUGGAGACCUAGCCAGUAUCCUGAAGGUGGAAAAGAGGAGGUUUGCUGCUUUUAAGGAGGAAUAUGAAGGAAAGGAAACAGCAUUACUGGUGGAUAGGUACAAGUUCAUGGACCUGUUUCCUUGUUCAAAUAGUGAGCUUAAAGCUCUUGGAUAUAAGGACGUCUCUCGAACCAAGCUAACGGCCAUUAUCCCAGACCCCAUAGUGACCCCCUCCACUGUAACCAUAAUGAAGGACGAGAUUGACCGAAAGCCUGAGUAUCCAAAACCUGACACAAACCAGAUGAUUCCUUUCCAACCCCGCCACCUGGCACCUCCUGGUCUCCACCCCGUCCCAGGGGGAGUGUUUCCUGUACCCCCAGCAUCUGUGCUGCUUAUGAAACUGUUACCACCACCUAUGUGUUUCCAGGGGCCAUUUGUUCAAGUUGAUGAACUAAUUGAAGUUUUGCGUCGCUGCCAGUUACCAGAUACCGUUGAACAAGCUGUUGAACUGAUCACUGGAGGCCAAGCGGAAACAGUUGCUGAAGGGAAUGGACCUAUAGAAAAUGAUGCAGUGAUUAAAAAGCCCUUGAAAAGGGCAGCAAAUGAAGAUUCUGAUGAAGAGGAGGAAAAGGGCGCGGUGGCACCUCCCGUGCAUGACAUAUACAGGGCUCGCCAGCAGAAGCGAGUCCGAUAAACAUCCACCAGCAGCAUUUUAUGUCUUGAAGGAGCUGAAUGUCAUUCUUAAGCUGUCAAGAAAUGAGCUGUGUCUUCACUUGCCUGUGGAAAUGAGACUGCUUUCACUGUUGUGCCUCAUUCAAAUAAGAUGGCUCAGCUGGACGGGGGACAAAAAAAACUGGAUAAAACUUGGCUUCUUCUGUACGAAAAACUGCAUUUUUGAAGAGGCUUUUGUUGGGCGGAAUAAUAAACUUUGGUAUUGAUCGCCAGACACUGCACUCGUACACAGCCAGUGCAAACAUUUCAGCUGCAAUCUAGUUCCAUGCAAGUCUGCUAUUACAACACAACUUGUGAAUCUUUGUGAUUUUGUUUUAUUUGUUUGUUUCAUUUUUUUUAAAGAAAACUGGAUGGUGCAAAUACAAGGGAAGGUAUUUUAUUAUCCCGUAAACUACAACACCACAGUCCUAUUAUGCAUUGUGGUUUCCUGCCAAGUGUCAUUUUACCAUUAUUUAAGGCAACCUUUUUCCUUUUGUAAUUUGAGAGCCUGAACACAAUCUUUGUAAUAAAGACAGAAAAUGCAUUUAAACUCCGACUCUUGUUUUAUGCUAUCUUAUCAACGUUCAAGAUGCUCAGUGUCUGCUAUGCCUUUAAAUAGCAGGUGCAGCAGCCAGGUAUUGUUAGAAAUCAAAUGAACGUUUUAUUAAGCAUAUGAGACAAGGUAACUUACAGUAAGUGUCAGGAGCUGCACAGGUUUGCUGCUUUGCCAAACCAGGCACAAUGGAAAGAUGACUCAGCACCCUGUCAUUUGUCAGAAGCCUACAGCCUGUGUUUCUGCAAUUCGUUGUAGAUUUUUUUUUCCAAAAACAAUUGUUAGUUUGUGAAAACAGAUUCAAUAGGAACUGUUAAAAAGUUAAUUGAUAUAUACUAUAAAAAACAGAAGGCUGCUGGAAAAUGGGUAAUGGAAUUAAUUGGUAGCUCACAAUUAGGUUUUAAUUCUAAACUAUUUUUUUAAGAAGGCUUGAGAUCUUAAACGUGCUAAAAAAAAACCUCUUUGAUAAUCCAGCAUUUUGAAAAGCACUUUUCCACUGUCAACAUCUUUCCACUGUCAACAUCUAAAGUAUUACUAUGUGAUGUCUAUUUGUAGAUUAUAAUUCAUCCUUGAUUUAGUAUAGUAAAUGUACACCGUGCUGAAAUAUGUUGCUGGAAAUCAGAGUCAUUGAUCAACAGGCAUGCAAGUGUUUAACAUCUAAAAUCAAGAAUGGGUUUCCAACUCACCACUUCUUCAUGUACUAAUACUCUCACUUUUCAAAAUAAUACAUGAAAAUCAGUUACCACAUUCUAAGGAUUGGCUUCACCUUAGAGUCAAAACUCUAUAUUGGCUGAAACAGUCACGAUCUGAAGUUGAACUGAAGUAGUUAUUAUAAAGUCAGCUCAGAAGGUUUUCCAUUCUCUUGCCACAAGCAACACUCGUUGCUGGGAGACGGGACGGAUGAAAGUGCUGCAGGUUGAGGCAGUCCUUUCAUCUUCCGAAAAAAAUCCCUGCCUAUUUCGGUCACUGGGUAGUUCACAGCCAAGGCAGGUCAAUGUUUUACAUCUAAAACCAAGUUUAUUUGGCCUAAUGACAGACAGCCCUGUGCAAUACUGGGCUUCCAUUAGGAGUGGGAGCUGCAGCUGAAUUUUUGGCUGUUAGCAUCUGACAUUUUACAAAGGGUAAUACAGUCUCUGCUGAGAGCUGGACAGAGGGCAACAGAUGGGGCUUUAGAGAAGAUAUAGAGAUGAGUUAGAAAUGGGUGAGGGUGUAGUUAUCUACCAGUGAAUAGCAGGACAUAUCUGAACCAUAGUACUGCCUGGUCUUUUAUGGUGAUACACCACCCUACAUCAAACCCUUUUUUUUUAAAAAAAGAUCUCUUUCAAAAUAAUUCUAAUGC